AUGAGGACUCGCCUCAAGACUUCCUCGCCUCCUGUCGGUUCGUUCUUUCUUGGGAUCCUUGUUUGUGAUGCGGAAUAGGGAUCCAGAAUCUUAUGAGUUGGAUCCCAGAGGUGGAAGGUUGGAAGGCAGCUAACUCAAGUCAUUUUUUCAUAGAAUAGAAAUUUUCUUAUGUCCCACGUGGCAACUAGGUCAAUUACGUGGCGCGUAUGAACUGAUCAUUUUCAGUUUUUGGUACAUCAAAACUUUCAUUACGUACUGUGAGAGAUAUCAGGAAAAUUUCCAUGAAACGGGUUUCAUUCUCAGAAAGACAUAUUUAAAAAGAAAAAUAUCAUUUCUAAUGGAAUUUUUUUCAAUUAUAACCUUCCCCGUUGUGAACAAAGCUUCGAGACAUUGCAACAGAAGCGCUUCUAUCGUAACUUCGCCUUACGAUUGAACAUUUAGUAAGAGAACUUUCUGAGCUCGGGGACUAGUAUCGAGUUAAAACAUGGUUGUUUAAAGAAAUAAAACCUUUUAGGCUUCAAAACUUUUAUUUUCGAGAAAGGAAGGCUUUGCAUAUUGAGAUAAUCAGAUCUUCAGAGAUCUUAGUUGCUAAUAUUGGCUGAUUUUUUGGCAAAUUCGUAACCGAAAAAAGAAUAAAAAUUCUCUUUUCUCUUACAUAACUGUAAAAAGCUAAAAACCGACAAUACAGCUUCUUCGACUUGAAAACCUUUUUAAACGAUUCAUUUCCACACAGAAAUGUUCAAAACUAGAUGGAACUAUCCAAAUGGAAAGGAUUAAAAUUCCAUUUUCUUAGUUUAGCACAGUUUCAGAGAAACCAUCAGAAAGUCGCAAAUGCAAAAAUUGAAUUUUUAAAAACUUACGAAUUCUCUAAAACUCGCACUGUGGUAUAUAACAGACCGCUAGUUUUACCAAAAACUUGUUAUAUAGGAUUGUUAUAAAAAAUAUUCGUUAUCAAUUUUUCAAAACAAUUAUUUCAGUAACGACAAUUUUCCUGCUCUUUGGGGUUAUCUGGAUUAACACCAUUCCGACAUUCGCUCAAUCGCGUCAGUUAUUAUCAAAUUGUUUUUUUUAAUUUAUGCUUCUUUCAGAAUGUUGCAACUCGCCUGUUUUUGGAAUCGGUGUAGAAAGUUGUGGUAUGCGUGGCUGUCUGGAGUGCACAAGAGGCGAACUCAUCGUUAAGAAGCAGCCAGUAGACGUGGGCAACGCCUUUGGAGCAUCGGGAACUUUGGAAUCGGCAUCGCGAAUAGUCUUAGAAGACAAUCCGGGACAAGCACGUUUCCAAAAAAAUUGCAGUCUUUAUUUCUCAACGCCAGCGAUUACAAACUCUUCCCAGGUAACUUUUUUUACCAAAAAUUUUUUUCCGAAUUUUUUUGUAAUUUUUCAAUAAAAAAAGCUCAACAAAAACUUUACAUGCAAAACUAUUUUUGAGGUUUUUUUCCAGAGCCAUUGAUCCGCAUCCGAAACUCUGAAGUUGCUGAUAAUGCGUUCAGUCUUCUGACGAACAUAAGCAUCUUUCCGCUCGAACCUUAUUGCCAGAAAGGAACGAUUUUCGAUAUCGACAACAUGAAAAAAAGAAGCCUUGGGAUCGGUUGAGAAAGUUGGAAAAAGGUUACAUUUUUUUAAAUAUAAGCUUGAAGAUUAAUUAAAUAAAAACGUUAGUUCUGAAGAAACCAGCACUUUUUUCAGGAUCUGUUGGCAUCGUGCCCGAAACCAACCACGCAAGCCCCACCUCCGGCAACAGCUCCAAAUUUGCCACCAAAUUCGGCACCAAGUUCGCCACAAAUCUCCGGACCACUUCCUAAGCCGAUUUCGGCGCAAAGUUCGUCUUGCCCACCGGUGCCUGAAUGUCCAUCGAUUCCAUCGGCCGAAAAAGCUACUGGUAAGUCGAAGGAAAAUCGAAAGAUACUGAACUCGGAAUUUUUCUCCAACUUCACAUGAACCUGAAAUCUUUCUCAGAAAUUCCGAAACGAAUGAAAACGUUCCAUUUUCCUGAUGAAGGCGUCAUAAGAAUCUUCAUGCGUACCUUCUAUAGCUUUACUCGAACACACUUUCAUAGACCGGGUAUCCAUCCUACUUACUAGGGAACGAUUUUAAUCCCACGGUUGAACUUUUGAUGAAACUUUGGUUAAGGUUGCUUUAGGACCUUCUGAUUGCAAAACAAGAAAAAACCUCACACUUUUACGCACUUCUGAUCGUUCCAAUUAAGAAGGAAUGCCUAUCUUGGUGAUCGCCAUCACAUCACUGUGUUGGAUAGUGAUAUUUGGUCUCGUUCUGGCUCUGAUGUUCUUGUUCCUGAAAAGAAAGGCGCCGCCGUCGAAGGGUUUCGAGAAAGAGUUUGAAGAAUACGCCCAAUGCGGUCAGUUUGAGCUGAUUUCCUUUUUUUCUCAAUAUUGAAUUCUUACUUACAGUCGGCCUGAUGGCGUCUUAUAUCCACAUUACCUACUUCAACACGAUGAAAGAGCAUAGAACUUUUGGUAUGUAACUGAGUUUUAAACAUUUUGUCUAUUCUUGAUCGAUUAAGUGGAGAAUAUUAUCAGCUGUUUCACCGCUUAUGAGCAACGGACUGCCUACUUCCUCAAAGAAGAACCAGUAAUACAAAUCCGGUCAAAGUGUCAGUUUCAUUCUUAAGUGAAAUUCGGAAAGUUUUCACACUUUCGCUAAGGAAUUUGGAAAGACUUCUAAACGGAAGAAAAUCUAUUAAUUCCAAGGUUUUCAAACAACGGUUCCUCAAGUGAAUCUUUGGUAGUUAGAUUUUGCUAUCACCGAUUGCGAACUUUUAGGGACGUUUUUUCGUUUUUUUUUCCAUUUUUUUUUUCGUUUGAAAGCAAUUUGAAAAUUAGACUAAACCAUUCCAUUUAACGGACUUUCAAAAAUUCAAUUUUAUGAUAAUAAUCAAGCUUAUUAUUUAACAAGCUCACUAAAAACAGUGCGUUAAAAUUUUUUGCUAAAAUAAUUUCCAAGAGUGAAAAAGUAAAUAUUCAAUACAAACGUUCAAAAAAUACUUUCUUAAACUUGUUGUUAUAAUUGGGAACUGGGAAGAGGCCAGCAAGGGAGUAGAGUGAGACUGCCACUCGGGUGUUCGUAUGCUCAAAAAAUGAAGGUUUUCCGGCUUGCGUCUUUCUAGUAUCUCACACGUAUUCGUCAACUGAAGAAAAUACUGAUCACCUUUUCGAGCCUCCGAGCACCAGAUUUUCAGCCAAUUCUCACUAGGGCAUGGUCUCCCCUGAACAUCGAGUUGAGAAGUGAGACUAUGUGGGUUUGAUAGGCCUGGGUCAGAGUUCUUGAAAUGAAAAAUAAAAUUCUGCUAAACCCCUCCAGCCAAAGAAAAGCUGGUCGAAAGUUUUCCAGCGCGUAUAUCCUCGCAUUCGGAGCCCUUGACUAGUAACUGGCGGCGUGGUGUAGUGGGUAGUGGUCUCGUGCACUGUCAACAUUAAUAUCAUGGUUCGAAUCCUUUCAACAGAAAUAAUUUUUGCCGCCUCAUAACCUUAUCUCUUUCAUGUACUUAUAAAUGUGAGAGGGCUGCAGUCAAAAGGAUUCGAACCCUGGUCACAAUAUUGACCUUGAACAAGACCACUACCCAUUACACCACGCCACCAGUUGCUAACCGGAGACUCCAAACGCAGGCACCUACGCGCUGCCAGCUUUUCCUCGGUUGCCUAUGGGAUUUAGCAGAAAUUUGUUUUUGAUUAAGGUUCAGGGAAGGCCAUACGUUAGAAAUGAGCAUCUGUUUUUUAUUUCGCUUUUUUGUUAUUUGUGCGAAAUUCUAGUCUCUGCGAAAAAAAAAAUGAGAUAGCAAAAAAAGAAAAACUUCAGUUGACCUGAUGGAUGAGAUUUUCGCUGAAGCUGAUAGGAGAGAUGCAAUUUUGGACCAAGGAGGAACUCUAGAAAAAACAAAGCUCAUGGAAAACUUUGCCUACCAAAGAUCGUAUUCUGCUAACAUCGAUAAAGCGCACCGCGAGAAGGAUAUUUUAUUUUUGAUCUCGAAAUUCGUCGAGUCGAAAAAAGGAAUUAAAUGCACGGAUACUGUCGAAAUACUUGUUCCAAACCAAGAUGGAUUAUCGAAAGAGGUUCUGAAGAAGGAAAAAGACAAGGCACGGAAGAAAGGUGGAAAGGAAGACAAAAGAGACACACAAAAAGGAAAUGUGGACGGAGAGAAAGAAGUAAAACGCCAAAAAGCGGGUAUGAACCUGGACGUGAGCCUGAAGACGCAGGAGAACAACAUGAAAAGGAAAAAAAAGCUUCCGGAAAUUGCCAAGCAUUUGGAUAACACGAUAGCCAAGUGGAUUAACACCAAGCCCCAGACUGAAGAGGAGAAGAAAAUCGCCGAUGCCUGUCAGUUCAUGUUUUUUCAUUUGAUAAGGCCCUCAAUUUAUCGGAAUUCAUCAAAUUUCAAAAGCGCGCGUUUGGGCGGAAAAAAAUCCCUUUUUCAUAUAAAUUGUCGGCCAAAAACAUCUUUUCAGCCUGCGUGAGGACGUUUUUAUAAAAAGCUUCCAGCCGGAAGGUCAAUAGCAGGAAACUUUUCAUAAAACAAAAUAUUCCUUUGAAAUCCACUUUUUAAGUCAACAUGGACUUACCGCAUAUAAUUUCACUCCUUACUGUAUUUAUUUCACUUUUCAUUUGAUGAGAAAACAAAAACUUGAAAACAAGGCUUCUUUUUUUGCGGAAGCAAAAAAAUUCAUUGAAAUGGCUGUACAACUGGCGUUUUUCUGCACAAACGCGCUCUUUCGAGAUUUUCGAAACCCGAUAAAUAGCUGUUCGGAGCAUGGUAACGCUAACUGGUCGCGGACGGGGCGUGUCGGAGGAAUCCUAGGGACUACUAAAGUGGUUAUUAGAGAGAUUCUCCGAUACGUUCGAUUUGCAUUCAGUUCGAGUUAAGCAGGACCGAAUGUAUCAUCACGCUUCCUAAUACUUUGUCUAGUGAAUUACUUGUCUAAUGUGCAAUUUUCAGGGCUCUCGUUGGGCGUUAUCGACCGCUUGCUGACUGAAUUUGAGGAAACUGACAAGACAUUUGCCAAGAGUACGUUAUAGGCUUUGUGUAGGAAAAACAACGUGCAUAUUUUUCAAUUUGCGAAGAUUUCUUACUUAGUGAAAAAUCAGAAGUUGCGAGUUUCAGAUUAUAACGAAGUGACGUUCCAAUUGUGCAGGAUCGUCAUGAACGAAGUCAAAGAGCGGACUAUGGUCAACAACGAACAAGCCUACGCAGCGUACAACCAGAGAGGAAAAGUCAAGGACACGCAUGGUAAUGAAGUCAUUUCUGAUGAAAAUCAUCUCUAAUUUGGACGAUCUCGCAAAAAUUUAGCACGACUGGUGAUUUAAAUGUACUUAUACAAUCGAAAUUUUGCGUAGUCUUGUUUACCUUUCUUUCGUUCAUUUUGGUAUGAUAUUAGAGUACAAACUGCUCCAACCAACAGAGCAAGCUCCACAAAAUGGCACAAAAAUUUACCUUAAAACCCUUUGUUCUGCUGAAAAUCUGCCUUCAACUUGGCAGAUUAUUUUGAACUGGCUAGUUUUAUUAUUAUUAUUUAUUCUAAAGACCUAUUUGAAGAAUUUAUCCAUGUUCUCGAACACCUGUACACUGAUGAGGAUCCGGAGGCACAGAAGCUGAAAGAUUUCCUGACGCUUUACGAAUGGAUUCGCUUUUUGGAUCUUCACUACAUGGGCCUCGACUACAACGAGUACAAAGGAUGUGAGUUUCAAGGGUAUAAUCCGAAAAUUCCAACAUUCACGAAAUAUCAGUAAAAUGUAGAAGUUUUCUAAAUGACGUGUCGAAUUUUCCAACAUUAGAUAAGACAAAUCACCGCAAGCACAUUUGAAACAUACAAUGUGCGUUUUAAUGGAAAACUUCUUAGUAUGGAACAUUUGAAACUUAUUGUUCAAAAACUGAAAGAAUUCACAAAAAGAACAAAUAGAAACAAGAGAGAAGAAUGUUUCUAUAUCAGAAAAAAAUUCAUAAAAAAAAACUUUGCAGCCCUUGCUUACAUCAGGCCGUCGCCGCUGCAUGACGAAACUUUCGCAGAUGCAAUGCUCCGUUUGGAAAGUGAGUGUGAAAAGAGGAAAUGACUUUUAAAUAGUGAUGAACUCAGGCAAGUGUUUGCUAUGUUAUUUUAAUUUUCACAUUCUUUCGUUAAAAAAACAGCUUUAGACUUUCUCACAAAUAAAUAGUUUUUCCACCUGAAAGUUGAAAAUUAUUGAAGGUCAAGCAUGAUAAUAGCAUUUCGUUUUUCCUUAGAUAUACUUUAGAGCUGAAGAUCUUUUUCAGGAUACGAUGAUGAUUAUAAAAAGCUCAAAGCUGACGUAGAAGAGUACUGUAAAAAGAAGAAAAUCAAGCUGGUGUCCAAGGCAACUCCUACCAAGCAAUUGAAGAUAAGAGACGACUAUGAGUUUGGAAAAUAUUUGCCAGACGCAAUUAUCGAUCCGCCAGGAAUCUUUGAAAUGAAGGUAUGAAGUCUUGAAAAAUUGAAAUUUUUUUUUCAAACUUCUAGGCAGAAGACGCUGCGAAAGCCGUUGAAGACGAAAAGGCCAAAAAUAAGGUGAACUUUUGAAAAAAAAAACAUAUUGGUAGUGUAGGCAUUUCGAUAACGUAUUGACCUUUUUUUCAACAAAAGUUGAAAAACUGGACAACCUUGAAAUUUUCAGGAAGGGCCGGCUCCGAGAAGCAAAGCUGCCCGGAGCGUCAUGUCAAAGAACGGUGCAGCUCCGAAGAGCGGUGCUCCUCCUAAAAGCUCGGCUCCAAAAAGUUCGUCGGCUGAGCCAACUCCUACUUCCAUGAAGUAG